CGCCGGCCCGCUCGCGCUCCAGUCGCCUUGUCUAGCAGCGGGGCCCAGCAUGGUCAUGGCGGAUGGCCCGAGGCACUUGCAGCGCGGGCCGGUCCGGGUGGGGUUCUACGACAUCGAGGGCACGCUGGGCAAGGGCAACUUCGCGGUGGUGAAGCUGGGGCGGCACCGGAUCACCAAAACGGAGGUGGCGAUAAAAAUAAUAGAUAAAUCUCAGCUGGAUGCAGUGAACCUUGAGAAAAUCUACCGAGAGGUUCAAAUAAUGAAGCUGUUAGACCACCCGCACAUAAUCAAACUUUACCAGGUAAUGGAGACCAAGAGCAUGUUGUACCUUGUGACAGAAUAUGCCAAAAAUGGGGAAAUUUUUGACUACCUUGCUAACCAUGGCCGGUUAAAUGAGUCUGAAGCCAGGAGAAAAUUCUGGCAAAUCCUUUCCGCUGUCGAUUAUUGUCAUGGUCGGAAGGUUGUGCACCGCGACCUCAAGGCUGAAAAUCUUCUGCUGGAUAACAACAUGAAUAUCAAAAUAGCAGAUUUCGGUUUUGGAAAUUUCUUUAAAACUGGUGAACUGCUGGCAACAUGGUGUGGCAGCCCCCCUUAUGCAGCCCCAGAAGUCUUUGAAGGGCAGCAGUAUGAAGGACCACAGCUGGAUAUUUGGAGCAUGGGAGUUGUUCUUUAUGUUCUUGUCUGUGGCGCACUGCCUUUUGAUGGACCAACUCUUCCAAUUUUGAGGCAGAGAGUUUUGGAAGGAAGAUUUCGGAUUCCAUAUUUCAUGUCAGAAGACUGUGAGCACCUCAUUCGGAGGAUGUUGGUCCUAGACCCAUCGAAACGGCUAACCAUAGCUCAAAUCAAGGAGCACAAGUGGAUGCUCAUAGAAGUUCCUGUACAGAGACCUGUCCUCUAUCCCCAAGAGCAAGAAAACGAGCCCUCCCUUGGGGAAUUCAAUGAGCAGGUUCUGCGAUUGAUGCACAGCCUCGGAAUAGAUCAGCAGAAAACCAUUGAGUCUUUGCAAAACAAGAGCUAUAACCACUUUGCUGCCAUUUAUUUCCUGUUGGUGGAGCGCCUGAAAUCACAUAGGAGCAGUUUUCCCGUGGAGCAGAGACUUGACGGCCGCCAGCGUAGGCCUAGCACCAUUGCUGAACAAACAGUUGCCAAGGCACAAACUGUGGCACUCCCGGUGACCGUGCAUUCACCAAACAUGAGACUGAUGCGGUCCGCCCUCCUGGCCCAGGCAUCCAAUGUGGAGGCCUUUCCAUUUCCAGCAUCUGGCUGCCAGGCCGAAGCCGCGUUCAUGGAAGAAGAGUGCGUCGACACUCCAAAGGUCAACGGCUGUCUGCUUGACCCGGUGCCUCCUGUCCUGGUGAGGAAGGGAUGCCAGUCACUGCCCAGCAACGUGAUGGAGACCUCCAUCGACGAAGGGCUGGAGACGGAAGGAGAAGCGGAGGACGACGCCGGUCACGCCUUCGAGGCUUUCCAGUCCACACGCAGUGGGCAGAGAAGGCACACUCUGUCAGAAGUGACCAACCAGCUGGUCGUGGUGCCAGGAGCAGGGAAGAUUUUCUCCAUGAGUGACAACCCCUCCCUCGACAGUGUGGACUCUGAGUAUGACAUGGGGUCUGCUCAGAGGGAACUGAACUUCCUGGAGGACAACCCUUCCCUGAAGGACAUCUUGUUGGCCAAUCAGCCCUCGCCCCGCAUGACGUCACCCUUCGUAAGCCUGAGACCUGCCAACCCAGCCAUGCAGGCCCUGAGCUCCCAGAAGCGAGAGGUGCACAACAGGUCCCCAGUGAGCUUCAGAGAAGGCCGCAGGGCGUCAGAUACCUCCCUCACCCAAGGAAUUGUAGCAUUUAGACAGCAUCUUCAGAAUCUUGCUAGAACCAAAGGCAUUCUGGAGUUGAACAAAGUGCAGUUGCUGUAUGAACAGAUAGGCUCAGAAGCUGACCCUGCCUUGGCGUCCGCUUCCCCUCAGCUCCAAGACCUCGCCAGCAGCUGCCCUCAGGAGGAAGUCCCUCAGGCGCAGGAAGGUGUCUCCACCCUCUCCGGCAGCGUGCAUCCUCAGCUGUCCCAGCGGCAAAGCCUGGACGCUCAGUACCUGCCCCAUAGGCUGCAGAAACCUAGCCUUCUGUCCAAGGCCCAGAACACCUGUCCGCUUUACUGUAAAGAGCCGCCCCGGAGCCUGGAACAGCAGCUGCAGGAACACAGGCUCCAGCAGAAGCGACUCUUCCUGCAGAAGCAGUCCCAGCUGCAGGCGUAUUUCAAUCAGAUGCAGAUAGCUGAGAGCUCCUAUCCUGCACCGAGUCAGCAGCUGCCCCUUCCCCACCAGGAGACUCCACCUUCGUCUCAGCAGCCCCCGCCAUUCGGCCUGCCCCAGCCCCUGAGCCCCGUCCUCGAGCCUUCUCCCGAGCAGAUGCAGUACAGCCCUUUCCUCAGCCAGUACGAGGAGAUGCAGCUGCAGCCCCUGCCCUCCACACCCAGCCCCCGGGCACCGCCUCCCCUGCCCACACAGCUGCAGCAGCAGCCUCCACCCCCACCCCCUCCGCCGCCACCACGACAGCCAGGAGCUGCUCCCGCGCCCGUACAGUUCUCCUAUCAGACUUGCGAGCUGCCAGGUGCCGCUUCCUCUGCACCAGACUAUCCCGCUCCCUGCCCGUACCCUGUGGAUGGAGCCCAGCAGAGCAGUCUCACAGGCCCGGACUGUGCCAGGAGCUCAGGACUGCAGGAGGCCCCCUCCAGCUAUGACCCGCUAGCCCUCCCCGAGUUACCAGGACUCUUUGAUUGUGAAAUGCUAGACGCUGUGGAUCCACAACACAAUGGGACUGGAGGAAUGGCAGAGACAGACUGGCAGAAACUCCUGCCCCCCAAGCAGGGCCACGAGCGCCUAGCCCAGGAGACCUGAACAGGCGCGGUGGCGGGAGUCAGGCCACAGGUGAGGGACGAUGGAGAGGCUGUUGGAAGGCCAGAGGCCCCAGAGAGGAGGUGGGAAUCCCGGACAGCGUGGUGUGGAUCGUCCCCUGGCGAAGAGGACGACCCUUCCGGCUGGAACCUCUGUUGUAAGCUCCCGUUUGCUUCUCUCACUUAAGCAGAAACCAAUAAAUUCCGUAGCCGUGUGUGUUUCCGGAAGUGUAUGCUGGUGAGCAGGACCGAUUCCUUCGAUCAGACAGGUGUCUGCUGUGUGCCUCCGUUGCUCCGUUCACUAACGAGAGGCCCUUGGAGACUUCUGAGCAGUUUUCACAAAUGCUAACGUGACACUAAGAAAACUUAGGACCACUCUUUUGGUGAGAGGCUACUUUAAAAUACUGACUGACUCGCCCGUCUCUCCCAUAUCAGCAGUGUGUACACUACUGAAUGAUCAUCAUUAGCUUUAUUACCUUGUCAGCUAGGCUCCUCUGAAGAGACUUUGGUGAGAUGAACAUGAGGUAAAAAUUUCAUUUGGCUAAAA